UCUUAUAAGGCGCACUUCCGGGGUCUGUCUGCCUCUCUUCCUUCCACUUUGUGGUUGGCUGGGAGGGCUUGUGCGAGAAUAAUAGCAGCAUCAUGGCCGGCAUCAAAGCUUUGAUUAGCCUGUCCUUUGGGGGAGCUAUUGGACUAAUGUUCCUGAUGCUUGGUUGUGCCCUUCCGCAGUACAACGAAUAUUGGCCUCUGUUUGUUCUGUUCUUCUACACUCUUUCUCCAAUUCCAUACUGCAUAGCAAGAAGAGUAGUUGAAGACACAGAUGCUACAAGUAAUGCCUGCAAGGAACUUGCCAUAUUUCUUACGACAGGCAUUGUUGUCUCAGCAUUUGGACUUCCAAUUGUGUUUGCCAGAGCACUACUGAUUCGUUGGGGAGCCUGUGCACUUGUCCUCACAGGAAACACAGUCAUAUUUGCUACCAUCCUAGGGUUUUUCUUGGUUUUUGGCAGCAAUGACGACUUCAGCUGGCAACAGUGGUGAAAAGAUUUGGAAAGAGAACUAUCAACAUCUUGUGUCAUUCAGUGGCCAUCCAUACAACAGAAAGAACGGGCAAUAAAGCGAAUGUACUGUUUCCACAGAGGGACUCUAGGUGUAGGAUACUCUGUAGUCACUCUUCCUCUCCUUUCACAUUCAACUUUUAGCAUUUUGCUUGAUUUAAACAUUGUUAAUGUUUUAGUUUACUGCUUUAUUUUAAUGUGGGAAUCAGAAUAGUUAAAUAUGUUUUGUUUUUUCUUUGAAAAAACAUCUCUGUUUUAACAUAAAAUUUAUCAUUUGACCAUGGGUUAUUUCUAAGCUAUAAUGUACAAUCGUGUAACCAAACUGGCAACAAGCUGAGGUCACAAUCCAGUUAGAUGGAACUGGUUUUGAAGCCCUGUCCUACACAUGUGUCUUUCAAAGUAAGUCCCACUGAGUUGAGUAGGGAUUGCUCUCGAAGUAAGUGUGCAAUGAAUUGUGCACAUGUCCUUUUGAUCUCAGUAGGAGAGUUAAGCAUGAGUUCAACACUCUCACUCCUUUUUGAAAUAAAUAGGAAGUGCUUAGAUUUAGCUGGUUUGUGCCACUAAUUAGCAAAUGUGUACAUGGUUAUGGCACUUUGGAAGUGAUAUGUAAAGAGCUGAUGGAAGAAGCCCUUAGUGGCUGAUUAAUGGGUUGUUUACUUCUAUAUGCAGCUGAAAAUGUGAUAAUGCCCUUGGUAUGGGAAUAGCUUUUAAUAAGGGGAUUUCCAAGUUUUAAUUAUAUUUUGACAGUUUAUGUUCAUUGUACAAAUAUUUUGCAAGUUUUUAUUUGUUGAUGCUAUAUAAAUGGGGAGGGGGGAACUUAAUUUCUCAAUGGGAAGUGGAAGACAUCUGUCAUUUAAAAGCCACUUUAAAAACCCAUUUUGAAGUCUUUCUAUUUAUAAGUAUUGUACACUUUGAAAUUCUAUGAUGUAAACUCUUUAUGUUUUACCAAAGGGGAACACCCAUGGAACUACUGAUUAUGGGCACAAGUCAGCAGGACAUUCUCUUGCAUAAGGCACAUGGAAAUGAAUGGCAGGGCUCUUGUCCAGCUCACUUUCAUUGUCACCAUGGCAUCUUCAGGAGAACUUCCCAGUGAAUUGUACCCGUUAUGUUUGCAAAGUAUAAAAGGAGAAUUUCUGCUUCCUGUUUUAAUUUAUUUUAUAUGUGGUAAAAAAGGCUUUUCAAAUGUAAAUUGAAACUUUUCACUAUAGGUAAUAACUUGCCCAAUAGAUUGGUUAUUGUAUUAAUAUACAGUCAAAGCUUAGCUACCUUGCAGAUCUUUGACUGUGAAGGUUUUAUAGUGAUGCUGUCAAUCUUUCAGUUUAUGCAUUCAUGUAUUGUUGAUCAUAAUUGUAGUUUUGUUAGAAAAUAUCACAUGUACCAUGCAAUAUUUACAUUUGUUGCAUACCUCUUAAUUGUCUUUUCCAUUAACCACAAAUUACCAUAUUUUGUAGACACAAUUCUUUCGGUGUGAUGCUUUGCUGGUGACUUGUUAGCAAGAUACUCGGAUGUCUCUGCCUGCGCUCACAUUGUGCAUUCAUACAAACUAGUUAAGUCUGAUGACUUGACAUAGUCACCUAAACACGUUCCCCUUUUAAAGACAAUUGCCAAAUUAUGGGCAUGAUACAGCUUGCUGUGGACAGAGAUCAGUGGAGCCUUCUUCCUUCCCUGGCUUGUCCAUAGGCAUGCAUGCUCCACAAUGGACCUGCAUAUCCAUCUAGGCAUCACUCCCUUCUCCAGGAUCUUUGGAAUGUGAGGGACAGCUGGAUAGGAAAAAGGGCAGUACACAGAGCCGGCGCCAAAGGGUGGCCAGGUUGGGCCCUAGCCGAGGGCCCCUCAUUAGGAUGGGAGAGUAGUGCUCCCGUGAUCCAUGGCAGGCCCCACCGUGGAUCUCAGGGAUGGAGCUUCCAGGCCACCUGCCUGUUUGCUCGCUCCACCUACUUCUCUCCUGUGUUCUGCUGCUGCGCACACUAUGCGCGCAGGGCUGCCAUCAACCAAGAUGGCGGCGGAGGCUUCUUUAAGGGGCUGAUGCCCCUAUCGCCAUCUUGGUUGAUAGCAGACAUGUGCGUGCAUGUAGCGUACCAUGCAUGUGUGCCAUCAACCGAGAUGGCGGUGGGAGCAUCAGCCUCUUUGAGAAGCCUUUGCCGCCAUCUUGGUUGAUGGAAGCCCUGUGUGUGCAGCAUGCACAGCACUAGAACACAGGAGAGAGGUAGGUGGAACAGGCAGGAGCUGCGCGUCCAGGGCAGGCUGGUGCCCAAGGGUCCAGUCAUGCCUGGCACCGGCCUUGGCGGUACGCUCUGGUCUGUUGCAAGUAAUGCCUGGUGCAGUGCAGAGUGGAGCAGCUGGAGAGAGGGAGGGAAGAGAGCUCAACAGGAGCCCUUUUCUGAGCCCUUCCACUGACAGAACUCUGUUCACAGAAGGGAAGCUGGAUCAUGCCUUCCUUCGUUUGCAGGCAUCAUAAAACAAAGGAGUUGUUGAACAGAUUGUAGUUAAUAGUGCAUCAGUAUACAGAAGCAUAUAUGAAGUAGGGGUUCUGUUCAUUUCAUUUAAAAUAAUGUGAUACCAACUUAAAAUACAAAACAAUGUCUGACAGUGAUUAUGACAAUUACAUCCAUGUUGUAACUUCAGAUACAUUUUUCCUGAGAUUUAAGAGCAGAAAGUGGACAUGUACAAGUGGGUGUUGAAGUACUUGUACACUUAUCUGAAUCCUAGUCCAAGUUCUAAAUAUCUGAAUAUUUUCCCUGCUCUGUCAAGCAUGACUUUUACUGCAUGACACAGAGAUUUAGGCUCUCAUAUCCCUGAAACUCCUUUGGAAAUUCUUUACACUGACAGUAGAUCAGUCAUAGCUAUCAUAUAGAUAAAUGUUAACUCAUUUAGUGAUCCUUCUAAUCAUGUAUUAUAGCAGAUGGCUUCUUCCCUGUUGUACUCUUGCUUUUCUUUGUGAAAUUACUGGCUACUCAAUUGGGCACCAACUCUAUUAUAUUUAACAGUAGUGUAUUUUCUGUGUAUUAAUUGUGUGGACAGCAUUGUGGUGAUGAUCUUGCUUAUUUUUAGACAUAGUGAGGUCUCCUAUUUCAGGUUAGAGACAUUUGAGAGGUAUGUCUUUUUCCCAUGUAAUAUGCACUGAGCAGCAUUGCCAUCCUUCUACAAAGAAGAAUUUUGAUGAGAAAACAAUAAAAAAAAGAAAUAUCAAA